CCGCCGCCGCCGCCGCCGCCGCCAUGGGUCGAGUCAAGCAUCAGGAAUCGGGGGAAGCGCCCGAGCCCGAGGCGACCCCGGAACGGUCCUACCACGAGCUGGUGGAGAACGUGAACGCGAUCGCGCGGCCGCUGGCCUCCCGCAAGCUCACGCGCAAACUCUAUAAAUGCAUCAAGAAAGCAUCAAAGCUUAAACAAAUCCGGCGUGGGGUGAAAGAGGUCCAGAAGUUCAUUAACAAAGGCGAAAAGGGGAUCACAGUUCUUGCAGGAGACACGCUACCUAUUGAUGUUUAUUGCCAUAUCCCCAUCAUGUGUGAAGAUAGGAGCCUUCCCUAUGUCUAUAUCCCCUCCAAAACGGACUUGGGAGCAGCUGCAGGCUCAAAACGCCCAACCUGUGUGAUCUUGAUCAAGGCUCAUGAGGAAUAUCAGGAAGCCUAUGAUGAGUGUUUGGAGGAGGUGGAGGCUCUUCCCCUUCCUUUGUGAAGAACGUUAAUGAAAGAUGCUCUUAAGACUCUGACUUAACUGGGCUCUACGUAUAGGUUCUGUGUAGCUGAGCAACAACGUGACACUGGUUUUAAAAGUUUGGAUAUGAGAAUUGGCUGUGCUUGGUGGGGUUGGGUGAAGAAUAGUGCAGCUAGCACUAUCAGUGAUCUUGUGACUCAUGCCUACUGCAAGGGGCCAUUAUGAACUAAGCAACUGAUUUAGAAAAAUGUUAGUGACUGUUUUUGUAGUGAAAUUAACUAGCCUUUGUUAAGGAGCUGCUCCAUACUAGGGGAACAUGAAAGCAAUUAAAAUAUUUAUCAAGAUGUUUGUCUAAUUCAGAAUGCUCUACCCCUACAUGUGACUUGCCUACUUGAAGUGGCUUUUCUAGCAGUUCUCCCCAUAAGCCAUAUUCUGUUGAGAGGUUUUGAGGCAAUGGUUUUUUUUUUCUGGUUCUAAAUGUAACACCACCAAAAAUCAUUCAUUGAGUCAUCUGAAAAGAAAUUUAUUUGAUGUAUUUCCAUGCCAUCCAUCUCCAUCCCUGGACAUAGCGGCUGCUGUGCUCCAGAGGAGGAAAAAACUAUCACAUGCAGUGAGAAAGCCCCUAGUUGAUGUCAAUGGGCUACAGUGGCAUUAGUUAUAUAUCUUUUAAGGGGCUCUCGUUCCAGGCCAAUGCAGAUCUUUACUCCAAAAGAUGGCACCCUUUAUUUCUAAUUCAAAUGAGUUAAAAUGCAAGUUGUAGGGACAUGCUCUUGUAUCCCUAGCUUUCAAGUCCAUUGUGUUUCUUCACAGUUGUUGGUAAACAGCUGUCAUUACUUUCCCUAAAGGAAGCUGGCUCAACUCUUGAAGCUUAGCUCAUGAGAACACCAAACUCAGGCUUUUAUCAACUGGCAGUAGUAUUUACUUCCUCAUCUAUCUCCAAGGAUGUGCUACUGCUAUCUCUGCAGUAGAAUCUGUACCACAUACAUCUGUAUUACAGAGCCCUUCUAUCACUAGGCCAAGAAUUCUCAGUAACAUAAGGAAAGGAAACAGUUGCAUUGUAUUUUUUUCUAUAUAAUAAACUACAUACCUGCUUUGUGGUAUCCCA